AUGCCUGGUCUGAGCGCUGCCGAGCUGCCCCCGGAGACGCUCCAGCCAGGGGAGACACUAGAGUACUACAACCUAGCAUUUGUCAGUGGCGACCCGAGAGGACACCGCGUCGCUCUCGUUACGAGGGUUGACGCAACGCAGGGCGUCGAGUACCCACCCACGCUCGAUACGGGCGACGUAAUUCCGCGCCAUAUCAUGACUAAGAGGGUUGCGGACCGCUUUGGCAAGCCCUUCGCACCAGAGGCCACGAAGUGGCGGAAGAUUCGGACCUAUCAACUCACGAAUGGAUCUGUGGACGCUCCUUCGAGGUCCAGCGCCUUCCGAAAAGCGCUUGAGGCCGCCGUCGAUGCUUCGAUAGAAGCCGUGAACGAAGCCCUUCGUGCCGUGCGUGAGGAUAUUGUCCCCGAGAGUCCUUUGUCCGACGAAUCCACGCAGGAUCCAGAGGUGAAACCCACGGAACCGUCCAGCACCCCGGUUUUUGACUUGACUUCGCAGCCAAGCCAAGAGAUGAACAACACAGCAACGGAAGAGUCAAUUACAAGCGAGGAAACCCACCAAACAACGUUUAUUAAGGAGAUUAUAAAUCUAGUUUCAUCUCAGGAGGAAACUACGCAGCCUGAUUCUCCUACGACGGGUGCCACAGCGUCAGACGCCCAGCCCGAGCAGGAUGCCGCCUACAUACGCGCCAUUCCCACCCGUUAUGAGCGUGCCAAGAUUCGACACCAGCCUAAGAAACGCAACGGCCAGUGGCAUGUGCCACGAUCUCGUAAGCGGCGUGAUCUUGCCAAGUGCGCCAUUACCAGAAGUGGCAGCGCCAUUUACCAUGCAAAGGCCGUCAAGCCUGUAAAAUUUAAGCUUUUAUUGAGCUCUCCUGAAGUUAAAAGACGGCUCGAGAAUCUACAUGCUAGGCGCUCUACCUACCCUGACCCUACUGCGAAGGACACCCGCGAAUUUGCGAAGGAAGUCCCGUGGCCUGCGGGUAUCAAUGCCAUAACGACGUGCAAACGCAAUGGAGUCAGAUUUGCUGACAUUGGAAAGUUUGAUCCCUGUCAGUGUGUGGGUGACUGCUUUUGGGAUGUGUGCAAGAAUGUGGCGUCUGCCACAUUCUGCACCCCGAAGGGUUGCAACCUUAGUGCGAAGUGCAGCAACGCACCACGCACACUUAGCAUACUAAAACUAUUCGACACCGGCCGAGUUGGGCUCGGCGUCUACACUACGACGGACCUUGACAUUGGUGACGUGGUUGGCGAGUACUGCGGCGAGCUCUCCGAAUUACCUGCCAUCAUUAAAGGACAACCAGAUCAAGCGGUGAAGCAAAAUAGUGGCUAUACGCUACUCUACAACGCAAAGUCAGCAAAGAAAAACUACGUCUACGUGGAUGCGCUGAAAUGUGGCUCUAUUACUCGUUUCACAUCGCACGCCUGUGAUCCGAACGCAGCCUUCGUGGAGCAACAAACGCGUACACGCGUUAAAGUUCUCGUCAAGAUGCUAAAAGAUGUGAAAGCCGGAGCCCAGAUCACCGUUCAUUACGGGAACGAACGGUGGUUCAGGUGCGCCUGCGAUGAUUGCUGGAGCGACGACGACGGAGAGUGCGAGCAGGAAGAUGACGCGUAA